GCGCGUCUGGGAGCGCGCUUAGUGAGGGGAAGACUCUUCCCGUUUGUCUCGUCAUCCAGAGCGUGGCGGAAGAGGAAGCCAAAAGUUAUUAUUUUCCUUUCGCUUUCCUUUGAGGCUUUUGUUUCACGAGGGAGGGAGGGCCUGGCUCCCUCAGACGCUCAGACUCACUUGCCGGCACCAUGAGCGAAUCGGCGGCAGCGGUGCUGUUGGAUUUCGCGCACGCCUGCCGCUGCGGCUGUACCGAGCGGCUGUUCCGGGAGGAGGCCGCCGUCGCCACUGCAGACACGCACCUAUUGGUGCUGUGCGCGGGCUCGGCCCGCAGCGCCGUCGUGGACGCGUCGGUUCGCGCGUGGAGCGGCCGGGGGGGAGCGAGAGUGUUGCUGGACUGGCGCCCCACAGCCGCGUGCGCGUACCGCCUCAAGCGGGCGGCGGACGAGGCCGGCGUGCUUUGGCUGCGCGUCAUAACUAGCCCGCGGGGGCGCGCGCUGCUGCUCGGCUACGAGCGCGCGCUCUUCACGGCCCUCUACAAGUUCACGUACCGGCUGGGCUGCGGCCCGCGGCCUCUGCGCGGCGCCGACACACCUGUCCGAGAGGUGGAGGGUGACGUCACGGUCCUGCUGCAGGCACUUCCGGCGGUGGGCGGGGCCAUCCGGCUGCUGACGUCGACGCUGAUCCCAGAGUGCUUCGGCCACGGCUUCAGCACGCGUGCAGGCGGUGUGUCGCUCGUGCCCACCUUGUCGUCGUUGAACCUGUUCAGCAGUCCCAGGAGACAAGACUCAGCGGCCCUGGUCAACGAGAACCGACGCCGCCUGGCGCUACACGCCGGAUUUUACCCGCGCCCGCUACAGAUGCUCAAGGUGGAGCAUUCCAGACGUGUGUGGGUGCUGGGGAAAGCCGAGCCGGAGCGCUACGACGCGGCGGUGACGGACCAGCCCGGGGCAGUCCUGGCCGCGCCGGGCGCCGACUGCGUCCCAAUGCUCUUCGCUGAUCCCGUGGCCAAAGCGGCUGGAGAGGAACGCUGCUGGGCGUCGCCACGGCAACGGUGUCGGCCAUGGCGACCGAGCUGGGCUGCGUGCGCACCAACAUCCGUGUGGUCUUGGGCCCCUCGGUCGGGCCGUGCUGCUUCGCGCUGGAGCCGGAACAGGCCGCCCGCUUCCGGCCGGACUGCGUGCGCCGUUCACUGUCGCGCAGGCCCAACGUGGACCUCCGACUGGCCAACAGGCUGCAGCUGGAGGAGGCGGGCAUCCCGGCACUGCACAUCCAGGACGACCCCGGCGUGGCGCCCUGCACGUCGUGCCACCCGGGAGACUUCUUCUCGCACGUGCGGGACGGAGCCCACUUUGGCACCCAGGUGGGCUUCCUGUGGCUUAAGGAGGAGGCGGUGGCCGUCGGCAAGGCUUCCUCGGGACGCUUGCGAGACUGAAGCGCCGCUUUGGCGAGACCGAAGCGCCGCUUUGGCGAGACCGAAGCGCCGCUUUGGCGAGACCGAAGCGCCGCUUUGGCGAGACCGAAGCGCCGCUUUGGCGAGACCGAAGCGCCGCUUUGGCGAGACCGAAGCGCCGCUUUGGCGAGACCGAAGCGCCGCUUAGCACCUAGCAACCACUUAGACGCAUCCUCAGCUUGCCGUUUGUGCCGUUUGGAGUCACGUUGAUGUCUACUGGGGUUUGUGUUUCAUUGUGCUCCCGUGGACUUUUGAGACCUGUCUGUUCUCGGCUUUGAAAGCAAGUUUGUGCAUGCGCGGGGCUGAUACAAACAAACAAAGUGCUUUAAAACCUCAUUUGAACCA